AGGAGUUAGAAGCAGCUCUUCACAGAGAUGAUGUGGAGUUUAUCAGUGACCUGAUCGCCUGCCUGCUUCAGGGCUGCUAUCAGCGAAGAGACAUUACUUUCCAUGGGAGUGAACUCAAGUCCACAGCGCACACCACCUGUGUGAGAAGGGGACACGUGAACUUGAGCCCCCACAUGGGAGCUUCCUGAGGCUGGUGUGUCAUGAAGCCCUGGAGUGAGUGAGCAAAGGAAGGAUGGAGCGCCCAGGAGCCUCCCACCCAUGGGAAAGGCCUCAGACAUUCCACAGCUACCUGGAGGACAUCAUCAACUACCGCUGGGAGCUGGAGGAAGGGAAGCCCAACCCGCUGAGAGAAGCCCGUUUCCAAGACCUGCCUCUGCGCACCCGCGUGGAGAUCCUUCACCGCCUCUGUGAUUACCGGUUGGAUGCUGACGAUGUCUUCGAUCUUCUCAAGGGUCUGGAUGCAGACAGUCUCCGUGUGGAACCACUGGGCGAGGACAAUUCUGGGGCCCUCUACUGGUAUUUCUAUGGAACACGAAUGUACAAGGAGGACCCGGUGCAAGGAAAAUCCAAUGGCGAGCUCUCUUUGAGCAGGGAAAGCGAAGGACAAAAAAAUGUGUCAGGUGUUCCUGGGAAAACAGGAAAAAGAAGAGGAAGACCCCCAAAACGGAAAAAACUGCAGGAGGAAAUGAUAGUGAGUGAAAAGCAGGAAGAAAACUACUUGGCAUCGGAGCCACAGACAAGAAAUGGGUCACAGGGGCCAGGCCAAGGCUCAUGGUGGCUUCUGUGCCAGACAGAGCAAGAGUGGAGGCAGGUCACCGAGAGCUUUCGGGAGAGGACCUCAAUGCGGGAGCGGCAGCUGUACAAGCUCCUCAGCGAGGACUUCCUGCCCGAGAUCUGCAACAUGAUCGCCCAGAAGGAGACUCCUGUGCUCAACAAGAUGGAGAAGCAGAAGCGCAGGGAGGAGGAGGAAGAACGGCAGAUCCUGCUGGCUGUGCAGAAGAAGGAGCAGGAGCAGUUGCUGAAGGAGGAGCGGAAGCGGGAGCUGGCAGAGAGGGUCAAGGCAGUGGAAGAUCGAGCCAAGAGGAGGAAACUCCGGGAAGAGCGGGCCUGGCUGCUGGCUCAGGGGAAGACACUGCCGCCUGAGCUCUCCCACCUGGACCCUCCGUCGCCGCUUCGGGAAGAGAAGAGGACCAAGGACCCCUUUGAGCUGGACGACGACUUCACUGCCAUGUACAAAGUUCUGGAUGUGGUUAAGGCUCACAAGGAUUCCUGGCCCUUUUUGGAACCUGUGGAUGAAUCGUAUGCCCCUAACUAUUACCAGAUUAUUAAGGUCCCCAUGGACAUUUCAAGCAUGGAAAAGAAACUGAACGGAGGUUUAUACUGCACCAAGGAGGAGUUUGUCAGUGACAUGAAGACCAUGUUCAGGAAUUGUCGCAAAUACAACGGGGAAAGCAGUGGAAGAGGCUGCGGGGUCUGGCGAGCUCUUUCUCCUGCAGAAUACACCAAGAUGUCCGAGAACCUGGAGAGGUGCUUCCACCGGGCCAUGCUCAAGCAUUUUCCUGGUGAAGAUGGGGACACAGACGAAGAGUUCUGGGUCAGAGAGGACGAGAAGCGGGAGAAGAGGCGCAGUCGGGCAGCACGUGGAGGCGGGAGCCACGUGUGCACACGCUCCAGGGACACUGAGGGGCCCAGCCGGAGACAGCAGCCCGCAGAGAACGGAGGGAAGUCACUGCCACCUGGGCGCCGAGCUUCCUCCUCUGGGGAUGGUCGAGGUGGUGGCCCCUCGCAGCCCCCUCGUGAGGCGGGUACCUCCAAUGGCCGUGGCUUGCCGGGAGCCCUGCGUUACAGUGGCGCGCCUAGCCAGACGCCCCUUUCAAACCAGAUGAGGCCCUCGGUGCAGGGACCGUUCUGUCCCCCCCGAGGGUCAGAUCCUGCGGCUGUGCAUCUCCAUGCUGGACCCCCUGAGCCGCGCCCCGGAGGACCUGGACAGCAGCGGCCUUUAGCAAUGCAGCCUCCAGCUGGAAUGAACCACCACCACGGGCCCGGCCGAGGCGCCCCUGCUGAGGAGCCAGUGGGCGGGGGCCUGGCUCACCUUGCUGAUGUGGGUUCAUGUCCUGGAUCCUUGCAGCUCGGGCAGAUGAGCAGCCCCAGUCCGGAUGGACACGUGUUCCCCCCUACCCACUUCCAGCCAGCGUUUAUUCCUCCCAGGCUCAGUGGGGCUCCGGCCCGACCUCCAGACUUUCCUGAGAGCUCAGAAAUCUCUCCCAGCCAUGUGUACCGGCCCUACAAGUACCUGAACCGAGUACACCCUGCGGUCUGGAAUGGGAACCACGGUGCUGCCAACUCAGGACCCUUGGGGCCAGACGAGAAGACCCCCAUGGGGCCAGGACCCUCACACCAGCCUCGCACGUUGGGUCCCGUGAUGGAUUCCCGGGUGCUGAGGCCACCCCUCCCCCCACACCCAUGGACUGAACAAUCAGGCUUUCUACCUCACGGAGUUCCUUCUCCCGGAUACAUGCGACCACCCUGUAAAUCUGGUGGACAUCGAUUACAGCCACCUCCAGGCCCAGCGGCAGGGUCUCUGUUCGGAGCGCCGGCCCAGGCCCUGCGGGGGGUGCCGAGUGGAGACUCCAUGAUGGACAGCCCGGAGAUGAUCGCCAUGCAGCAGCUCUCCUCCCGCGUGGGCCCACCAGCAGAUCCCGUGCCCGGGCUCGAGGAGAAAGCAGCAGGCGUUGGUGCUUCAGAGGGGAUGUUCCUCAAGCAGCUACCUCACCCCACACCCACCCUGCAGACUGACUGUGCCAGGCGGAGCUCACCGCAGGGCCGGGACCUGGAGGCCCCAGAGCACAGGAGUGAGCCCUCAGAACCUGGAGACGGCUGUAAAGCCAGUGUGGGCAGAACCGCCUGGCCCUCAGGGGGCAGCUUCGCCAGCCCAGUCGCCCAGGGAUGCACCCUGGCAGACCGGGGGGUGCUGUCUGAAAAUGGAGUGAGGGUGGAAGCUGACGGCCAGAGCCGAGCGCUGCAGGAGGCUGUGCUGCCCACGGAGCCUGCCUGCACCCCCCUGUAUGUGCCCGGCCUGGAGUACCCCAGCUCGACUGCACGGUACCACCUGGGCCCAGGCCUGCCAGCAGUGGGCCCCGUGAUGGGCGGCAAGCCCCCGGCCCCGCACCCUCAGCCUUUCCCCCCACGGGCGUUCCAGGCUCCCGACCCUCAUUCUGGAGUCUUCCCCCGAUACCGCCCCCCCCAGGGCAUGCGGUAUCCCUACCAGCACCCCCCGCAGCCGUCCUACCCCCACUAUCAGCGGACUCCCUAUUACCCGUGUCCGCAAGGCUUCUCGGACUGGCCGAGACACGUCCCCCCGCCGGGAAGCCCGGGCGGGCCCCCGCCAGCCCAGCCUGCCCCCGCCAGGCCCCUCUUCGACAAGAGCGCCGUGGCCGGGCUGCGCGGCUGCGAGGCCCUGGGCGCCGCACUGACCUCCCCGACGCGGGCGGACACCGUGGCGGCCAAGAGCGCGGACGGCCAGAACCCCGGCACAGAGGAGAAGCAGGACGAGUCUGCCGAGAGGCCGGAGAGUCCCAAAGAGUUCCUAGACCUGGACAACCACACCGCGGCUACCAAGCGGCAGAGCUCCUUGUCAGCCGAGUACCUGUACAGGACGCCCCCGGCUCCCCUGAGCUCAGGGAUGGGCUUCGGUCCAGCUGCCUUCCCCCCGCACGGCGUUGUGCUGCCGCCCGGGCCGGCUUACCCACCUCAGCGGCCGGCCAGUCACUUCCAGCCCAGGGCCUUCUCCUCCCCCGCGGCGGCUCCCCCACCGCUCCGCCCAGGGGUGGCCCAGCCCAACGGCCUGUCCCCAGAGUGCCCCCUCUACCGCUGCCCGGAAGAAGGCCUGGGCCACUUUCAGGCUGUGAUGAUGGAACACGUGGGCACUGGGAGUGGAUCGAGGGCGCCUUUCCAGGAGGCGUACAGACCAGCAGGAGUGCAGACGCACCCGGUCCAGCCCCAGCCCUCGUUCCCAAAGACACCAGCAGCCGCGACAAUGCAGGAGGAGCUGCCACCGCAGAAGCCCCCAACGCUUCCUCUUGAUCAGAGCUAGUCCAUGGAGGAAACAACCCCAAGGAAACCGAAAGCUGUACAAGAUGAUCGUGGAGAACUAGGGUACCACCCCGCCUGCCUCCCCGUCACCGGCACCGGCACCGCCUCGCGGCCGGAGUCUGGAUGCCCCUCCUCCCUGAGGCGCCGCUCGCCAGGUCCUGGGCGAGAGUGGAGAGCAGAGGGGCUGGACUCUGGCUUUUCCAGACCCCGAGACUCUUGCUCAGGGGAGAUCGUCCUGAACUUGGGGGGGUGCUGGUGAGCUGUCACGGGCAGCUAUGCUCAGGUAUACGUUGGGGAAGGGACUACUCAUUGUCUUGAUGUGUUUGGAGCUGGGUCCAGUUUACAGAGUUUUUCCUGUUGCCUUUUAAGAUUUCGCUUUUUGGUGGUGAAUGUAUUGUACAUACAGGGGCAGGUGGGGGUGGAGUCUGGCCUGCGGGCACACAGCCCUGCGCAACCCUCCGCUGUUGACAGCCCUGUCCCGCUCACC